CCUGGUGCUCUCCCACCAGACUAGUCAACCAGACAGCCGCCCUUCUGCGACUGUUUAUGAGUUGCGAUUGGCCUGUCUCUGACCUAACAUCGCGACGAUCUGAUUCAUUGACCCGCCAGGCAUUUUUUCCUUCCUGCCACUGACCUGCGAUCGCGGAAGGUAUCAGUCUGACCUUGACCCGCCCCCGUUCUUCAGACCGCCCCCCCCUUUUACGGCUCGGAGUCGUCAUGACGACGCCCUUCCAUCGGUCCGCGGCGGAAGAUAUCGCGACUCUCUUGCGGCAGCGGGAGACGCGGGAGGCCGUAAACCGUAGCGCCGAUGGAUCUCCGCCGUCCGUUUGGCAGCGGCUGCUGCCCGAACCGACCGAUGGAUUAGACGUAGAUUCGGGGGAGAGAGAAGCGGAACAGUCUCUAGACGGUGUUAUGAGAGACAGUAGCGCGAAGAAGGAGAGGGAAAAAGAGAGAGCGGGAGAGGGGGGUAGGGAGGGUGAGUCGGAGGACGAAACGGAUAGGCAGAUGGAAAGGGGGAGGGAGAGGGAGAGGGAGGUGAACAUAGGGCACUCGGUUGUGGAAAUCGACGAGAAAACUCCGCUACUCGCGCCACUCAAUAGCGGAGAUUUGGUGGGUUACGGCGCGAGGAGAGAGGGACGAGACGGGGAAGCUAGGGUGGGGGGCAUGCAGAGAAGCGGGGAAGCAAGGGAAAUCAUGGUUAUGGAGCGAGGCAGAGGAGGAGCAGGAGGGCGAGGAGGCGGGGUAGGAGAAAGUGGAAAAGUGAGUGGGUUAGAUAUGUCAGGGGGGAAUGCAGGUGUGGUGGCUCAAAAAGCAGGGCAUGGGGCUGGGGAGGAGGAGGAAGAGGAUCAGCCGCAGUGCAGAAUAUGCCUCGAGACUGACGGUCGGGACCUUAUAGCCCCCUGCAAGUGCAAGGGCUCGGCUCGCUUCGUCCACCGGCAGUGCCUGGACCAGUGGCGGUCGGUGAAGGAAGGGUUCGCCUUCUGCCACUGCUCCACCUGCAAGACGCGCUUCCACCUGCGCGUCUGUCCGCCACCCGAUGUGCGAUGCCGCCAUCUCAAGUUCAGAUUCUUCGUUGCGCGGGACAUUGUGCUCGUGACUCUGCUGGUGCAGAUGCUGGUGGUUUUCUUUGCUUGCCUGGUCUAUCUGGUGGAUUAUUUUUGGCUUGACAAGGGUUUUCAGAAAGCAUGGGCCAUGGACAACCCUGCAACGCUCUACUACAUAUGCGGCGUGCUGCUCUUCCUCGCGUCUGCCGGUCUUCUCGGGGCCGUCAUGACGUGUGUUGACCGUCGGUUUCGCAGCGAUCUAGCAGCCCCGUGCAGAGACCUGGGCGCCUGCUGCUGCAAUCAUUUUGUGUGCGGCUGUGUCUCCUCGGACUGCUCCUGCUCCGUCUCCGGUUGUGGCAACUGCAUUGCUGCCAUAGGGGGCUCUGGGGAGGCUAGUCUCUUCAUCCUGCUGACACUUGGCGCGAUCCUACUGGUCGUGCUGGCGCUGGUGGGAGUGGUCUAUAGCCUGUUGGUUUCGACCUUGGUGGUGCAGCGGAUAUGGCAGCGGCAUAACCACGUCCUCGCUAAGAGAAUCCUCACUAAGGAGUUUAUUGUGGAAGAUCUAUCGGGAAUAUCUCUUCCUCCUGAUUGGUCGCCACUGCCACUCCAGCCGGACCACGAGCAACAGCUCAGAGACCUGGGGCUCCUCUGAUUGCUGUAGUACCAUCGGUAGGUUUGGUACCGCUGCUGCCGGUAUAUAGUGUUGGGCUGAGAAAACCCCGAGGAUCUUUUCAGAAAACCAAGUCCUUGUAACAGAGUGCUUGUUAGUGUCGAGAGACUUGCUGGGGUUACUGUUGAGAAGAUCCUCAGGGAAGGGCUGAAAGAAUUGAAGUUCUUUCAGUAAUAGAAAACAGGAGCAUACAUAGGAAAGUUGGGAAGGAAGGGAAGCUAGCAAGAGGAGGAUGAACAGUGCCACAUGCAGUUGGGUAGGUAGGAACAGUACCCAACACCAUGGGAGCCACUUACGGUACGUGG